AUGAGCGAGGAAAUUACCCCUGAACUUUGGGAGCGCUCUGAUGCCUACCACAAUUCCUUUCUCAUCGGUCCCGACGAACCCCUCGAACACGCGCGAACCAGGAGCGAGGCCCACGGUCUUCCCGCCAUUGCAAUCAGUACUGCGCAGGGCAAGCUUUUGAAUUUGGUUGCUCGCUCCAUCUCUGCGAAGAGGAUCCUUGAAGUUGGCACUCUAGGAGGAUAUUCGACGAUCUGGCUGGCUCGCGCACUUCCUGAGGAUGGUCAAUUGAUGACAGCUGAACUGAACCCCAAGCAUGCCGAGGUCGCCGAGCUCAACGUCGCACACGCUGGAUUGUCAUCCAAGGUGAAGAUCUUGGUCGGACCUGCCGCAGAAACCCUCGCAAACCUGCAUCCAGAGCAGCCCUUCGAUCUAGCCUUUAUCGACGCCGACAAAAUUGGGAACCUAGCAUACUUCCUCGAGGCGAAGCGCCUGGUUAGGAAGGGGGGUGUCAUCAUUGUGGACAAUGUUGUGCGUGGAGGAAGCGUCGCGGAUCCAUCCACGAAGGAUAACAACUCUGAGGGGGUGCGUAAGUUGCUCAACUACCUCAAGACUGAUGUUGAAGUGGAUGCGACCACCAUCGCAACGGUCGGCGAGAAGGGGUAUGACGGUUUCUUGUAUGCUAUUCGCCUUUGA